AUGGAGGGACGGGGUCCAGAAACAGACGCGCAGUUCAAAUUCACUGGUAUCAAAAAAUAUUUCAACUCUUACACUCUUACGGGGAGAAUGAAUUGUGCACUGACCACAUAUGGAGGUAUUGCUUUGAUAGUCUUAUACUUUAUGUUAAGGUCUAAAAAAACUCCAGCUGUGAAAGCAACAUAA